AUGGAUCUCCCAACCAUUAUCGAGUCACUCCUCAUCGCCUCCGAAGACCCCCUUUCGGAAAAAGAACUCGCACGUCUCAUCCGCGCCCGUGUUGCCGAACUCUCCGAUGAAUCCAUCGUCGAGAAGCCCGACUACCAAGCCCCUGCCGAUAAUCAAGUCACUGAAGCCAUCUCCACCCUCAAUGCCACCUACGAAAACACCGCCAGGUCCUUCACCAUUACCCAGCGGGCCAAAGGUUGGAAAAUUUUCACCCAAGCAGACUUCGGCGGGUUCGUCAAAAUGCUCUUCCCCGGUCAGAAACCCGAACGCCUCAGUGCGCCCGCCAUGGAGACCCUCGCCAUCAUCGCCUACCGCCAACCCGUCACCAAAUCCUCCCUCGAAGCCGUGCGUGGAGUCUCUUGUGAUGGCAUGUUGCAGAAACUCCUCGACCGCGAACUCGUUAAAAUCGGAGGCCGCGCCAUACUUCCCGGACGCCCGCUUCUCUACGAGACCACCGAACUUUUCCUAGAACACUUCGGCAUCACCACCGUCGAAGAACUCCCAAAUAUUGGGGAACUUCGCCAAGUCGAACUCCCCGACGGAUCUGAAGAAGAAGAAAAGCCAAGCGACGAAGAAAACGAAAACGCAGGCCAAAGCAACCAAGACACCUCCACAGCCGAAGAACAACUCGUCCUCAGUGCUGUCGAACAACCCAAAGAAGCCCCCCCCGCAGAGCCAUCCCCUGACGAAGAAGACUUCGCCACUCCUCAAGCGGAAGAAUAA